AUGGCUGAGCCGUCUCACACCAGCUCCGGCUCCCCGAGCCCGCCGCUCCCCGAGGCCGACGCCGAUGAGACCCCGCGGCCAUCGCGAAGCCGCCGCCAGCUCGACGACGCUCCGCAGCAAGACGUCACUCCGCGCAGGAACAUCAAGCAACGCGAAGACUCCACCUCACAGGCGUCCGGGGAGUCGCCCGACUAUUCGCUGGAAAUGACCAGGAGGCAGUCUGUCGGCGAAGGCCACGCGGCGGCGCCGCAAACCGCCGAGUUGAUCAGGCAGAUGGAGAAUGAGAAGCAGCUGUACCCAGGCGCGAGCACCUGGGCCGCGCCAGAGGAGAAGCUGUUUGAGAUUUUGUUCCUUCGCCAGGAUCUCCCAAUGUUGCCCGCGCAUUGGGACGUCGACUUUCGCGGCGUGCCCAUGGCAGACAGUGUGUUCCAGACCUCGAAUGACUACUCGCCCAUCAUCUACUCGCACUCGAGCAAAGAAUUUCGCGCGACGAUGGCGCUGUUGCGGCUCAUCGACCUCACAGCCAGCGUCCGCACGACGUGCCAGUCUGGUCUGCGACACAAGGCCCCGGCACUCAUCAAGAAGGGCAUCAGCCACUACCUCAGCUGGGCGGCUGAGGACGGUGGUUACAGCUCGCUCCAUUACGUUCCAAACAUCAUCGUCGAGAACACUGACGCGGGCGCGACGGAAGGCGACAUCACGGGACACAUUCAGCGGCGCAUGCGGGCCCUGGCCAGAGUCCAGCGCGAGUUUCUCAAGAUCGACCGCGAUGACGACUUUUGGGACAUCGACAAGCAGCGGCUUUCAAACCCGCAUUUGACUGAUGUGGAGCUGCUUCUGGACAAACACAUGCCAGAAGACGAGGAAGAGGAAGAAGAAGAAGAUACCGAGGAGGAGGGGUGGCAGUCCGCCCCAGAGGACUCUGCGGCCAGAUCAGACGACGAGACCAAGACGCCGACAAAAGCAGGCCACACCUCCUUAACCGAAUCUGUCGAGGACGGUCCUACGACCCCCCUCUCCGAGACGCUCGACGCGUCGCAGUUCCGCCGCCGCCCGCCCGUCGUCUAUGGCAUCUUCGUCCUGCGCACCUCGGUCUUCAUCCUCACCGUCGAUGCUGCCAAGGGCGACGACGCCUACGUCAGCUUCCACGUCGACGUGCACUUCAUGGACCGCCACCAGAGCGUCUGGAACGCCCUGACCGUCGCCCUCGUCGUCUGCCUGGCGCGGGACGAGCUCAGGACCCGCCUCGACGACUUUGAGCCGGCCGACAUGCCCGAGGAGAGCGACCCCGACGCCUAAGCGUGGCGAGCCGCGGGAGGAUGAGGAGUGUUGCGUGUUUUGUGUGUAUUUCGAAGCGAUCUUCAUUGGCGUUGCUUGGUCGUGCGCGUUGGCUGCCGGUGAGCAGUUUAGCUUCAUAUACCCCCCUUUGAUCUUGUCUGUAGAGUCUAGGUGUCUCAGCUUUUGAACAGUUCAAAGACGUGAUGCAUAGGUUUCACAGUAUGUACGAAG